AAACUAUUAAAACUAAUGAUAAAUUUAUAUAUAUAUUAUUUAAUAAUUAUUAUAUUUAUUUUUGGGUGUAUUGUUUUUAUUUCUAGACGAAAACAUCUUCUUUGUACAUUAUUAAGAUUAGAAUUUAUAGUAUUAAUACUAUUUAUAUUAUUAUUUUUAUAUUUAAAUUUUAUAAAUUAUGAGAGUUAUUUUAGUAUAUUCUUUUUAACUUUUUGUGUAUGUGAGGGGGUAUUAGGGCUGUCUAUUUUACACUGAAAGGAGCCUUGCAUAUCAAUAAUUCGGACUCAUGGAAAUGAUUAUUUUCAAAGUUUUUCUAUUUUACAAUGUUAAAAUUUAUUUUUAUACUUAUAUUUAUAUUUUUUUUACUUUUUAAAAAAAAUAUUUAUUGAAUGGUUCAGAAUUUAAUUUUUUUAGCAACAAGUUUAUUUAUAAUUAAAAUUAGAUCAUUAUAUUAUUUUUGUAAUAUUUCUUAUUAUUUUGGUUUAGACAUAAUUUCUUAUGGUUUAAUUUUAUUAAGAUUUUGAAUUUGUGGUUUAAUUUUAAUAGCUAGAGAAGGAGUAAUUCGUUAUAAUAAUUAUAUUAAUUUAUUUUUAUUUAUAAUUAUUUUUUUAUUAUUAAUAUUAAUUUUUACUUUUAGUUCUAUGAGUAUAUUUAUGUUUUAUUUAUUUUUUGAAAGAAGUUUAAUUCCUACAUUAUUUUUAAUUUUAGGAUGAGGUUAUCAACCAGAGCGAUUACAAGCAGGUGUUUAUUUAUUAUUUUAUACAUUAUUAGCUUCAUUGCCUUUAUUAAUUGGAAUUUUUUAUAUUAAAAAUGAUACUUAUACAAUAAAUUUUAUUAUAUUAAGUUAUAAAAAUUUAUAUAAUUUAGAUUUUUUAUAUUUGUGUAUAGUGGUUGCUUUUUUAGUAAAAAUACCAAUAUUUUUAGUUCAUUUAUGAUUACCUAAAGCCCAUGUUGAGGCACCUGUUUCAGGUUCUAUAAUUUUAGCUGGAGUUUUAUUAAAAUUGGGGGGAUAUGGUUUAUUACGGGUAUUUUCAAUUAUACAAAUUUUGGGGACAAAAUUUAAUUUUAUUUGAAUUAGAAUUAGAUUAGUUGGAGGAGUUUUAGUAAGUUUAAUUUGUUUAUGACAAAUAGAUUUAAAAUCUUUAAUUGCUUAUUCUUCUGUAGCUCAUAUAGGAAUUGUAUUAAGAGGAUUAAUAACGAUAACUUAUUGAGGAUUAAAUGGUUCUUAUACUUUAAUAAUUGCUCAUGGAUUAUGUUCUUCAGGUUUAUUUUGUUUAGCUAAUAUUGCCUAUGAACGAAUGAGUAGACGAAGUUUAUUAAUUAAUAAAGGGAUAUUAAAUUUUAUACCAAGUUUAUCAUUAUGAUGAUUUUUAUUAUGUUCUGGAAAUAUAGCUGCUCCUCCGACUUUAAAUUUAUUAGGGGAAAUUUCUUUAUUAAAUAGAAUUGUUAGUUGAUCUUGAUUAACAAUAAUUAGUCUAUCUUUAUUAUCUUUUUUUAGAGCAGCUUAUACAUUAUUUUUAUUUGCAUAUAGACAACAUGGGAAAAUUUAUUCAGGAAUAUACUUUUUUUCUUCAGGAAGAAGUCGAGAAUUUUUAUUAUUAAUAUUACAUUGAUAACCAUUAAAUUUAUUAAUUAUAAAAAGAAGUCUUUGUAUAUUAUGAAUUUAAUAAUUUAAAUAGUUUAAAAAAAAUAUUGAUUUGUGGUGUCAAUGAUAUGAUGUUAUUCAUUUUAGAUCGUGAAUUAUCUAGUUAAUUAUUGUAAAAAUAGAUUUUAUAUUUUAAUUUCUAUUAGCCUUAUUUUAUUUAUUUUGAGAUUAAAAUUUAUGUUAAUAGAUUUAGUAUAUUUUAUUGAAUGAGAAGUUGUUUCUUUACAUUCAAUAUCUAUUGUAAUAACUUUUUUAUUUGAUUGAAUAAGAUUAAUAUUUAUAUCUUUUGUUUUAUUAAUUUCUUCUUUAGUAAUUUUUUAUAGUAAUCAAUAUAUAGCUGAAGAUUUUAAUAUUAAUCGAUUUAUUUUAUUAGUAUUAAUAUUUGUAAUAUCAAUAAUAAUAUUAAUUAUUAGUCCUAAUUUAAUUAGAAUUUUAUUAGGUUGAGAUGGAUUAGGAUUAGUUUCUUAUUGUUUAGUUAUUUAUUUUCAAAAUAUUAAGUCUUAUAAUGCAGGUAUAUUGACUGCUCUUUCUAAUCGAAUUGGUGAUGUGGCUCUAUUGUUAGCUAUUGCUUGGAUAUUAAAUUAUGGAAGUUGAAAUUAUAUUUUUUAUUUAGAUAUAAUAAAAAAUAAUUUUGAAAUAAUAAUUAUUGGAGGGUUAGUUAUAUUAGCUGCUAUAACUAAAAGAGCUCAAAUUCCUUUUUCUUCUUGAUUGCCUGCAGCUAUAGCUGCUCCUACUCCUGUUUCUGCUUUAGUUCAUUCUUCUACUUUAGUAACUGCGGGGGUUUAUUUAUUAAUUCGAUUUAAUAUUUUAUUAGAAAAUUCAACAUUAGGUCAAUUUUUAUUAUUAAUAUCUGGAAUAACUAUAUUUAUAGCAGGAUUAGGAGCUAAUUUUGAAUUUGAUUUAAAAAAGAUUAUUGCUUUAUCUACAUUAAGUCAAUUAGGUUUAAUAAUAAGAAUUUUAUCAAUAGGAUUCUAUAAGUUAGCUUUUUUUCAUUUAUUAACGCAUGCUUUAUUUAAGGCAUUAUUAUUUAUAUGUGCUGGGGUAAUUAUUCACAAUACAAAAAAUGCUCAAGAUAUUCGUUUUAUAGGAAAUUUAAGAAUAAGAAUACCUUUAACUUGUAGAUGUUUUAAUGUUGCAAAUUUAGCUUUAUGUGGCAUACCUUUUUUAGCGGGAUUUUAUUCUAAGGAUUUAAUUUUAGAAACAGUAAUGUUAUCUUAUAUAAUUUUUUUUUCUUUUUUUCUUUUUUUUUUCUACUGGGUUAACAGUAUGUUAUUCUUUUCGAUUAGUUUAUUAUUCAAUAACUGGGGAUUUUAAUAUAACUUCUUUAAAUAUAUUAAAUGAUAAGGGUUGGGUGAUAUCUUUUAGAAUUUUUUUUUUUGAUAUUUAUAGCUAUUAUUGGUGGAAGAAUGUUAAAUUGGUUAAUAUUUUUUAAUCCCAAUAUAAUUUGUUUACCUUUUUAUAUGAAAAUAUUAACGUUAAUAGUAUGUUUUAUAGGGGGAUUAAGAGGAUAUUUAAUCAGAAAUAUUAUUUUUUUUUUUUAAUAAGUCAAUAAAAUAUUAUAAAUUUAGUUAUUUUUCUGGUAGAAUAUGAUUUAUACCUCUAAUUUCUACUGUUGGGGUAAUUAAAUGAUCAUUAAUUUUAGGAAUAUAUUCAUUUAAGAGAUUUGAUCAAGGAUGAAGAGAAUAUUUUGGGGGUCAAAUAUUAUAUAAUCAAUUAAAAAAUUAUUCAUUAUAUGUGCAAGAGUUUCAAAAUAAUAAUUUAAAAAUUUAUUUAUUAAGAUAUAUAUUAUUAGUAAUUAUUUUAGUAGUAAUAAUAAUAUUUUUAAAUUAAUUAAUAAA